UCUAGCAACAUAUAGACGAAAAAUUUGAUGUUGAGUUUCAAUUCUACCAAGAUAUAUAUAAUUCUCUCUCUUUCUCUUAACUUGACUUUUAAAGGUGCCUACACGCAGCUGGUAGCACUAAAUGAAUCAAGGGAACCACGUGUAAGAAAGUGGGUCCCACACAGAUGGUCAAACUUUAUCGCCUUUUUAAGCAGUCGAAGAGAGGGAGGGACAGAGUUCACACGCAGGCAAGAGAGAGAGAGAGAGAGAGAGAUGCGGUGGGGUUGGCAGACUACCGCCACCGCCAGUUUCGUUCGCCUAUUACACUCCAACCAAACAAGUCUCCCUCCCUGUGUAAGAUAACUCCAUUUUCCUAGCGUGUUCCAGUAAGCUUCAUCAUCGACUAGAAAUAAUGACCGGGAAGGGAAGCGGACGUUUCGACGCUUGCUCGAGAAUGGGCGUCCGGGAAUCUGAUGCGGAGUCUGAAACCGCCGAAGAGAUCAGCUUCGGCCAAGGCGACUCCCUCGACGGCGACUCCUACAUUGAGAUCGACCUCCAGCGCUCCGCGUCCACUGCCGAAAACAGGGGCGCCGACACGGAAUUCGAGUUCCGUCUCUCGGUGUCCUCGCCGAUGCGCGCAAACCCCCACCACCUUCCGGCGGACAUGCUCUUCUGCAACGGCAGGCUCCUCCCCCUCCACUGCAUCGUCUCACCGGACGGGGACGGAGGAUCUCCGUGUCCCGAAGACGGGACGCAGACGGAGAACAAGAAGGAAUAUUGUUGCCUUGGCGAAGAGAGUUUGGGUGCGGGACAGACUUUGGAGAUGAGGAGGAGGCCCGAGAGUGGACGGAGGGCGCUGAGCUUCAGGAAGUCCUCCAAGGUGGGCGCCGAGGAGGAACACGAGAUUCGCAAGCCCAUGGACAACCCCGAGGAUCUCGAGCUCACCACGGUGCGGGACCAGUACUACAAGGGCGCCCUGACCGUCGGAAAGCUGCCGGAGAGUACGGCGACGGGCCUGGAGAAGCUGCUGAUGAUGCUGAGGACGAGGGUAUCGAGGGAUGUGAGGGGACAAACGUCGCACUCCUUCUACGGCCACCGGCCGUCUAGAAGGGACACGAGAAUCAGAAAAGCAAAGGAGAUCAUCGACAAGUGCUGGAGGAUUGUGAACCCCUUCCAGGCGCACAGGGGCAGGCGGGAAGAGGAGGAGGGAACGGCGGCGUCCAGCGAAAGUGGGAGGAGCAGGAUAUUGUUCGCCGGCAGAGGGGGCGAGAGCUGUAGGGAGGUCAGCGGGGUGCGGAGCUGCCCGACGUCGUUGGGGUCGUCGCCCAUCCACUGGAGAGUGAACAGCUUCGCCUAUGCGAGAGAACUCAGCCUCCGGGAUCGGGACUGCUCUGUUCAAGCUGCCAUUGCCCACUGUAAAAACUCCAACAUCAGCGACGCCGUCGUGAAGUAGUAAACUUUCAGGCGGCACAGACCAGAAACUUUCAGAUGGAGAAGAUCUCAGGAAACCCGUGAUCUGUUGUAUAGCAAAAUCUAAUAACAUCCUGCUCGCAAUGUCAAUCAGUGCACGUUACUUUUGUGAAACUGAGAAAAUGUUAGAUUGCUACC